AAUCGCUAGGUUUAUAGCCGACGGGAAAGAAACAACUAGUCAAAUAUAUAUUUUUUUAACUGAAAAUAUAUUUUUUUAGACAGAAAAACGAAAAAGAUUUCCUGAAGAUAUAUAGACGGAUAUAAAUAGUGUUGUAAAGUAUUAUUUGGCAGACAUCGGUAUGUUAUAUUUACUACGAAAUCAAAUUGGACUGAAUUGAAUUGAAUGCUUCAAAACAUGAAUUCUAUCAAUGAAUUAACAAAGGAAUUCAACGAUCGACUUACAACAAAACAAGGUAGUUUUAGAAUACUUAAAACAUCGAAGAGUUCUGAAAAUCUUAAAAAUGAAGACGUCGUCAAUCUAGAAGGUGUUACGUUAUGUUCCGUUCAGAAGAUUUUUCGACAAAGAUCGUUGACCGAUCCAAACCUGAAAAGGACGGGAAAACGUACCGAUAAAAAUCCUAAAAAAGAGACAAAUGACUACCAAUCCCAAAGUCCAUCGUACGCUUAUCGUCUAGCUUGUGACGACCACAUUCAUUUCCGUCCCAGAUCAAAGACAUGUCCUGAAAGCCUUCGAAAGAGAAGAAUGAAGCCUAGGCCAGCAACCCCUCCUCCUCUAUUUAGAAAAUCGAAUAACCUCUCCCAAAAGUUGGAUGAAAUAUCCCAAAGACACAUGCCAGAACUACCGGAAGGGAAUAGAUCACCGUCCGACUAG